AUGCAAAGUAGAAUUUAAUAGCUAGAUAUUUAGAUCAAUAAUAUAAUAUAAUAGAAAAAUAAGGAACUACUAUUAGAUACACCUACUCCUUUAAGAGAUAGCUAAUGGUAAGAGGUAAACAGUAUUAACUAAAACAACUAAAGCCAUUAAGAAUCUAUUACCGAAAACAACUCAUAAAAUAAUAAUGAUGAUGUGCUUUAAUAGCUACUUAAUGAUCUAAGUGAACAGAUAGCGUAACUUGAAUAUGACGAUCCAGAUUUAUUUUACUUUUAUAAAUACAAAAUAGCUAGUAUAAAAUUUGAGCAUCUACAUUUAGAUGAAAAAAUGAGGAAUAAUUGCAUAAAAAUAAAAGAAAUGUAUAAACAAUAUUAUGAUAAGGUAAUUCAACAAUAAAAUCAGAAUUCUUCUAAUAUUAGUAAUUUGACAUUCUUAGAUAGUAUGAUUUAAGAAUCUAAAGUAGAUCAAAGUUAAAAUUCUAAUUCUGAUAUUAUAAUCAACAAUUCUCCAUCUGAAUUCAUAACACCAACACCUUAAGAUGAUGUUGUUUACUAAACAGUGUUAGUUUUGGGCUUUACAGGAGUUGGAAAAAGUAGUUUUAUAAGAAAGAUUACUGGUGAUUAAAGGAUUCAAUCUAAUGACAACUAAUAAUCAUGCACUUAGGAAUGCAGUCUUUAUGAAAAAAAUGGAAUAAAAUACAUAGACACUCCAGGUAUUAAUGACACAUAAAAAAAUCGCUAUUAGAUCUUAAUAGAUAUUGCAAAAUAUCUUUUUGACUAAAAUAUUAAAAUAAAAGAUUUAUUCUUUAUUUAUGUUUCAAACAAAGAUCUUUAAGUUCAUCAAAAAACUCUGAAAGAAUUUAUCUAUACAUAUUUUUUGUUUGAAUUAUUUGGAGAAAAAAAUUUGGAUCCUAAUUUAGUUGAGAGACUUAUAGAUGAGUUCUAAAACAGCAACAAUUUUUUGAAAUGGAAAGAGUGUAACUAUCAUCUUAAGUGCGAUAAUUUACAAGUGUUCAGACAAGAAAUAUUUUCUGAAAAAGAUAAAGCUCUCAAUUAUAUUCAGCAUGCAAAUAGUUUCCAUAUUUUUGUCAAAACAUUUUUUGACAAAGAAAGCAAGGAUGAUCUUGAAGAGUUUGAUGAGAUUAUGGUUGACUUUUUAAAAGAGCAAAUUUGGUCAAAUAUUGAAUAAAAUAAUAAAUUUUAUGAAUACAAAGACUAUAUUCAAAAUCAAGAAAGCCAUUUAAAUAGAAAAAUAUAGAAGAUUUUAGAUUUAGAAAAUCGUGUCUAAAAGAUAGAUCCAGAAAAAGAAGUUUAGUAUAUAUUAUUGUUAGGAUAAUCUCAGGUUGGCAAAUCUUCUUUGAUCGAGCAGUUAACCUAAUUGAAAGGGCUUAGAGGUAAUAGUAGAUAAUCAAUGACUAGCUAUUGCUAAAUUUAUCCUGUUGAAUAUGAAAAUGUUAGAUACAAUUUCAUUGAUACUCCUGGUUUUGAGGGAACAGAGCAACAAAGCAAUCCUUUUGACAAUCUUAAAAUUAUUGCAGAUUUUCUGAGAAGAAAUCAGAUUUUAGAAUUCAAAAUUCUGUUUAUGAGAAACGCAGAUAAAGAUUUUAGAAACACAUUAGACCAAAUAAUAUAAAAAUUACUGAUUUUUAUUAAGCAAUUAUUUGACUAAGAAACUUCUUUAGUUGAUUCUGAUUAUUUGAAUAAUAUGUUAUUAGAGAAUAAAGAAAUAAACCAAAUUGAAGUAAGUAAUGAUAUAGAAGAGUUAGAAUUAAUGAAAUUAAAAAUACUCUAAGUGGAUAGAAUAUCUGAAAAGGUAAAUACUGGGAAGGUUUAUUAUAAUAAAAAUGAGAUUAAAUGUGUAGAAUUCAAUAGCAAUUACUAUACAAAGAAAGGUAAAUACAAAAAAAUAAGUAAAGAAGAGGAUGAAGAAUAAAAGAAUUUAUUGUUUUAAGGGAUCAACUAAAUAAGUCCACUCACUGUUGAUGAUAAAAUAUUGCUUAAAAUAAAAAAAAUAAACAAUUUUAGAUUAAUAAAAGACAAGCAAGAUUAUAUUUAGUCAUAUUAAUUAAUUCAUCAAAAAUAUCAGAUUCUCUACAGCAUCAUAAAAGAAAUAGAUGAAUGUAAAAAUAAUAUGGAAUCAGGAUAAACAGAUAAUCUAUCCAAUCUGAUUCAAUAAAAAGUUUAGAUUUUAAAAGAGUUAGAAAAUCUCUAAUUUGGUGUAAUUGAAGAUUAUCAAAAUGACCCUACAGUUAAAGAAAUAGUAAAUAGCUUUUUUGAUUAAAAAAUAAAUUAGAAUGAGCAAGAUAUCAAUAAUAAUGAUAAAUAGUAUGAUAAUUAGUUAAACUAAAAUCAAAAACAGAAUGAUAUUCUAAGACAUUUUCUGAUUAUACACUAUUGGCCUUCACUUCUUUUUGAAUAAUAAUAAAAUAAGGAAAAUAAAUUAUUAUCGAGAAAGUAAUUUUAUUUUUGCUAACUCUUACACUAUUUAAAGCCAUUUAUAGAUAUUAAUAAUGAAAAGCAUUUAAUAAUUUUGGAAGAAUUAGUAAAGUUGAAGGUUAUAUAAGAAAUUACUCUUUUACAGCACAUUUAAAACAAAUGCAUUAAUAAAUAUUAUAAUUAAAGCUAAGAUAAGGUAUACUCAAUUAUAGGCUAGGCUUUCUAAGGAAUCAAUAUAAUCAUCGGUACGGGAGGAUAAAUAUUUAGAUACGCUGCUUAUUUUAGUAGCAAGGCAGAGCUACUAAUUUAUUCAUACAAUGUAAUCAAAGGCAUUAAUAUAGGUUUAUUAAUAGUAAAUAUGGUCGCUGCAGCUCUGAGUGUCGGAAUUGAUAUUCAUUCUUAUCACAAAAGAUAUAUUUGUGGAAAGCAGAUGACCUUGAAUACAGCAUCCAAUUCUAUCAGUGCUUUGAUUGGAUUAUUAGCAUUUUUUGUGCCUGGUUAUGGGUGGGCUGUAGGAGGAGUGGCAGCAGUUUUUGGACUUUUGGGCAACUUUAUUUCUUCAUAAAUAUACACAAGUAAAAAAACUUUUGAUAACACUAUUGGCUUAUUUUUUAAAACCAUUAUUGAUGAGCAACACAAAAACUUGCAACUUUAGAAUUUCCAAAAGGCUGAAUUGCUAAGGAAAGAAUUAAAAAUAUAAAAUUACUAAUAAUUAAAAUAGAAACAAGGAUAUGAAUUGUUUAGAUAGCUAGAAAAAUAAACUUAUACUAAUGAUGAGAAUAAGCAAAUAUUAAUGAAAUUAUUUUAUAAUAACUCCAAUUUAUUAGACUCAAUUUCUAAUUAUAUAGUGAAGGAAAUAUUAUCUGAAUAAUUCUAAAUUGAUUAAGAUAUUUUUGAAAUAAAAUAAUAACCUUCAAAAUAAUAACUAUAAGCAGUCAUAGAUAUUAUAAAAUACAAUAAACAAAUCAUUGAUACCUUCUAUAAUCGUUUCAGUCAUGAAAAACUUACUAAGCUUACCCAAUCAUACACAAAAGCAAAGAAUAUAAUUAAGGAAUCCUUAAAGAAAGCUGCUAAUUUAAAAGAAUUAAAUGACUCACUUUAAGAAUAUUAGUAGUGCCUUUGUGAAUUUGUAAGUUUAAUAAAAACUAAUUGCUACACUUAUCAAUAAUAAAUUGAAUUCGGAAAUGGACUACUUAGAAAGGGUGAUCGUUUUCCUAUCUUAUUUAAUAGCUACUGUAACCUUGCUGUGACCAAGAUAAACUAUCUUUAUGAGCAAAACACCUUAUCUGAAAUAGUUAGGUGUAAGGAAUCAAAAUAUUUUAAAAGAAAUGAAGAUAAAAACCCUGAGGAAUCUUUAUAGUUAAAACUAAAAGAUAAAGAAAUAAUAUAAAAUCUUAAUUUAUUAACAUUUAGCCAAAAAUUUAUAGAAAGUAGAUACUUAUAACUACUGAAAGGAUAAAAGAAGCCUAAUUUAACAUAUCUUUCUUCAUAGUACAAUUUGGAUGGUGAUUUGGUUUAUUCAAUUGAUCUCCUAGAAUUAGCUGAAAAGGAAAACUAGUUUUAGCCAUUUAUAAAUAAAUUAGAAAAGAAACUUAAAUCAAACGAUAAUGAAAACAAUCUCAGAUUAUUUGACUUUUUUAACUCUAUUUAAUUUCUUAAAGAAAAGUUUAUAUGA